GGCAGCCGCGGGAUCCGCCCCCGGGGCCUCCCACGCCGCGGCGCAGCCGGGGCCGCUGCUAUUUCACGGUACCGCCCGUGUGGGCGGCGCGCAGAAGCGGCGCGGCGCGGCGGAGCGAGCGCGACCGGCCCGGCCGCGGGACCCCCGAGCCCCGGGACCCCCGGCCCCAGCGACCGGCCCGUCGCGGAGUCGCCGUUCCCGGAGCCUCCGCCGUCCCGUGUGUGUGUCCCCCCCCCCUUCCGGGGCGCACGGCGGCCGCGCACGGGGCGGGCGUAGCGGUCGGAGGCGGCUCCAACCGGCGGCUCGCCAUGGCCCUGCCCCGCACGCUGGGGGAGCUGCAGCUGUACCGGGUGCUGCAGCGCGCCAACCUGCUGGGCUACUACGAGACCUUCAUCCAGCAAGGGGGGGACGACGUGCAGCAGCUCUGCGAGGCGGGCGAGGAGGAGUUCCUGGAGAUCAUGGCGCUGGUGGGCAUGGCCACCAAGCCCCUCCACGUCCGCCGCCUCCAGAAGGCCCUGCGUGAGUGGGCCUCCAACCCGGGGCUCUUCAGCCAGCCCGUCUCAGCCGUCCCUGUCAGCAGCAUCCCACUCUUCAAGCUCUCUGAGGCCGGCGGGCGCAAGGCGCUCAGCAACGGGCACGCCAGCCCCAGCGAGGCCGCGGGCAAGGGGGGUGGCGGUGCCGGGACGCCCCCGGCCCGCAGCCCCACGGAGGCAGGGGAGAAGCUGUCGCCAUCGGCAGCCCCACCGUGGCCGGGGAGGAGCACCCCCGAGUCGGAGGGUGGUGGGGAUGAGGAGCCGGGGGGUCCCCCCUUCUCCCCGGGCGGGAGCGGCGGCGAGCAGCCGGUGGGCACGGAGGCGCUGGAGCCGGAGCUGGCACGGACGGUAGCAGAGAGCGUGGAGCGGCUGCUGCAGAGCUACCCCCGGGGCGGUGAGGCCGAGCUGCGGGCGCUAAUGAAGCUCAACAAGAAGCUGGCCAAGGCCGUGGGGCACAUCUUCCAGCUGGAGGAUGGCGACCGGCACAAGGAGGAGGAGAUCCGCCGGCACAGCGCGAUCUAUGGCCGCGGCGAGGCCCGGCGCCGUGAGGGCAAGCAGCUCACCCUGCACGAGCUCAUCAUCAACGAGGCGGCCGCCCAGUUCUGCCUGCGGGACAACUCGCUGCUGCUGCGGCGCGUCGAGCUCUUCUCGCUCUCGCGGCAGGUCGCACGGGAGAGCACCUACCUGUCCUCGCUCAAGGUCGCCAGGGCACAUCCCGAGGAGAGCGGAGCCACCGUGGCCAAGCGGCUCAAGCAGGAGGCAGGAGAGCAGAGCCGCCCUGAGCUGCUGCCUCUGCCGGGGGGGCCGGACCCCCCCGGGGCCGCAUACCGAGCCAGCCUGGAGGAGGACGCAGCCAGCCUCUCUGGGGAGAGCCUCGACGGUCACUUGCAGGCGGUGGGGGCCUGUCCCCGGCUGACGCCGCCGCCCGGUGCAGCCCCCGACGUGCCCCUUGGCCUCCCCCCCCACGGUCUCUGGAGUCGCCACAUCCUCCAGCAGACGCUGAUGGACGAGGGGCUGCGCCUGGCCCGGCUGGUCUCACAUGAACGCGUGGGGCGGCUCAGCCCCUGCCUGCCCGGGAAGCCCCCGGGACCAGAGUUCGAGGAUGGGCUGGCAGAACGGGGUCCUCCGGCCCCCCCGGAGCCCCCCCGCGGCACCAUCAAGGUGGAGCAGGAGACCAGCCGGCAGUGAGGCCCCUGCAGCCCCCCCCCCCCCCCCCCAAUUAACGAAGCAAUAACGUGCUGGGGGACGGGUGCCAGCGGCGCGGCGGUGGUGCUCUGGGUGCGGGGAGCCGGUGAGGGCUUGGCCACAGCCCCCCCAGGGCCCCGUCCCCCCCUGGUUACCUCAGCCGCGGCGGGAUGCGCCCCCCCCCCCCCCCCCCCCCCCGCAGCAGCAAUACCCUCGUCCCCGCCGGGCCCUGGGUCCCCGCCGCCCCCCCAGGGCUGGGAAGCUCUCGAUGGACUCAAGCCCCUUGUACAGCCCCUCCUGCCCGCCCGCCCCCCCCCCACCCGUGGGGUCACCCCUCGUGCUGACCGACCCCCCCCGGGCCGCUUCGGGCAGCCGAACUGCGUGUGUGUCGUUCCACACACCCCACACCCCCCCCCCCACCCGGGCCCCGUCACGGUGCAGGGACCGCCGGCACACGCGCGGCACCGCGUGCUCCCACGUCAGCGCUGCCGCCCCCGCGGCCCCGCGCGCACCCACGCAGCGCCCACGCUCCAGCCGCCAGCCCCACCCACCCCCACCCCCCCGCGCAGCGCGCACGUGCGAGCGCACCGUGCACACGCAUUGCAACCCCCCACCCCACGCCCCCCCCCCCAGCCCCCCCCGCUGUCUGCGUGCAGCGUUUCAGCUGUAAAUACAACCCCCACCACUCACCCCAUCCCCCCCAGCAACCACAGCUCAGCAACAGCGCAUCCCCCCUGCACGCACACCCGCACCCCCCCCCCCCCCCCAGCUCGCACACCCCCCCACACCCCCCCCCAAUUACCUGUGUGCACUGCCAUGCAUGGUCCCUGUGCCACGGGGUGUCACACACAUGCCAUGGGGGGCUCACGCGUGUGCACCCCCUCCCAGCACGAAGCAGGCGGUGUUUGAUGGGCACUGGGGCGGUGCUGCCCCCCUUGGCCCCUUGUGUGUGUGGGGGGUUCCCUCCCACCCCCCUUUCCGCGAGCCAUGCCCAGCCCCGGGGUCCCCCGCCCCCUUAGGACUGUGUGGUGUCUUUUUAGAGCAUUAGCGACUCUUCCUUUGUAACGUGUACAGUAGAUUAUUUAUUUUGUUAUUUUGGAAUAAAACUUUAUUUUAUGGCUUA